CAAUGACGUAGUGCGCAUGCUCAGGUUAGAAUCAGGGCUGUAAGGAAAAAAGUGAGAGAAACAAAGAAAUAAACAACCUCAGGAAAAGAGAUAAAAGCGUCAAUUUUACAGCAGCGGAACAGCUCAGAGUCCACAGAAUUGUCUACCGAGUGCAGUGUGCGUCCUUGUCGGUGCGAGUUCUACAUGACUGCCACAAGUUCAGGAGUUGGUUCACUUGGUCAUCUGUGUGUGUUUUCCUGGAUGUCUUACAACGUAUGAUCUGUGCCAAAAUGGAAAGAACUUCUUUGUGUUAGGGAAAACUUUGGUCUUCAGCAGGUCUGCAUGUGAGGAUCACGUGUAGAACGCAGAAAGAAGAUGCCAGUGCUGAUUUCAAAAACAUUUCAAAGUUAUAUCAUCUUGUGAUAUUUUCUUUAUCUUCACUCUUACGCUGUCAGUAGAUACACUGAGCUGGCUUCAGUUUUCUCACUGUAGCUAUCUUCCCCUCCCCUUGCCAUACACCUCGAGCAUCUGAGUGGUUGUCGUGGAGAUGACAGCAGUGACCGAGUAGCAGAGAAUCAGGGAUGGGGAGUACACCAUGUUCUGGUAAGGGGAGGGGGGUAGGUAGCUUUCAGGAGCUUGGCUGUAUGCCAUGGAAGGUGAGCAAACAGAAAGGUGAGGCUGCUGGAGGUGGAUGUGUCCCUGAAUCGUAUGAAGCUUUAAAUGCCAGAGUCACCCCUCCUCCUCAACAGCCUCCUGCCAUCUACCAUGAGAAGCAACACAGAGAGCUGUGUGCUCUGCAUGCACUAAAUAAUGUCUUCCAGGAUGGUGCUGCCUUCAGUAGAGAGGCACUUCAAGAUAUCUACCAGAGGCUCUCCCCUAGUACAUUGGUAACUCCUCACAAGAAGAGCAUGCUGGGUAAUGGCAAUUAUGAUGUAAAUGUCAUUAUGGCUGCAUUACAGACUCGUGGGUAUGAAGCUGUUUGGUGGGACAAAAGAAGGGAUGUGAGCAGUAUUGCACUGGCAAACGUAACAGGCUUCAUUUUGAAUGUGCCAUCCAACCUUCGUUGGGGGCCUCUGCGUCUGCCACUCAAACGACAGCAUUGGAUCGGAGUGAGAGAGGUGGGUGGCGUCUACUACAACUUGGAUUCCAAACUGCGCAAUCCCCAUCCCAUUGGAACAGCUGAUGAACUCAGGAAGUUCUUGCGUCACCAGCUUCGAGGGAAGAACUGUGAACUACUGUUGGUUGUGCCAGAGGAGGUAGAGGUCCAUCAGACCUGGAGGACUGAUAAUGCUUGAUAGUUUCUUUUUUUUUUUUUAAUGUUCAACUCAUGCUCAGGAGGGAAUGUAAGGUUCAAUCAGGGAACCAUAUAAGAGCAAAUGGAGUUGUGCUCAACGAGUCUCAAAAGCACACUGGCAGAACUUUUUGUUUACACACACAAAAAAACACAAUAUGCUGGACACCGACUAAAGCAGCAAAGGAGAUUAACACACAGGGAUGUUGCAAAAACACUAUACUGUUCUUUAAGACUUUCAAUAUUUAGAAUUUGGCGAUGCAUUUUUGUCUGCAAUUUCUUUUGUUUCAUACUGUUUUAGAUUCAAAAUAAGAUAUCUGAAAUUCAGUAAUGCAUUCUCUGUAAAUGGUUCACAUAGUCACUUCUUUGCUCUUCAUGUGAUUCCCAUUUUGUUCAUAUAAUUGUGUAAAUUACACUUCAUCAUAUACAGUGGCAGGGUUUUUUUUUUUUUCUUUGUUUUUUGUUUUUUUGGCCAACUUGCAAAAGCAGCCAGAAGCACCUUCACCUAAUGGUAAUUGUUGUGUGGUUUGUUGUUGGGUGUAAUAAAUAAGAAGAAUCUUAGCAGCACAGUGUGGCAAAGUAAUAACUGGAUUUUUCAAGUUAAUCUCCUAGGAGUACUAGGAAAACUGCUACUUCCUCUCUUGCACUACAGCCAUAGUACUCACAAUGGUUAUAAUGCUUUGCCUCACAGUUAUGGUGAAAAAAAAACUAUUGACUGACACCUUACAAGGAUUAUUUUCCACAGAUAGUAAAUUAUAAUUUUCAUGUCACAUUGCCAAACAGUCUGUGCUGUACUUUAAAUAGAUAUUAAGAUUUUUUUAUGACUUUCAGAAAUGGUUAUUAAGAAAAAAAAACAAAGAUUUAGUUCUUUAAGUGCUGGAGUUUAAAAAUGAUUUGUAAAAGGUAUUUAAAUGGAUGAGAUUGUUGUUUUUUGUUGGUUGUCUUUUGUGUACGUUGAGUAAUUAAGCCAAUUAUGCAGUAUAUCUGUAAUUAAGUUUGUUCAAGUCUGUGUAUACUGUUCGUUGUUGGGGUCACAUUAUUAAUGGGUUAAUCAAAUUAUUCAAAAGGGAAAUAUAAAUGUACACCUCAGGUUAUCUUAAAAACUGGACACACAUUUGACCUAGUUAACAUGUAGAUAACAACACACUUGGCCAAUAAACCUGAAUCUGAUUCUAAUUGUGAUAUAGAUGAAACAAGUCUCUAGCAUUGUCAAAACAUUGCUAGACCAAAUGCAUCAAUUAUAUUAUGGAACAUUACUGUUGUACAAAAGGGACAUUCCACAUUUACAUACACAGGGUGCUUUGUUAAACAGUAAACGUGUUUUGAUUUCUUUGCCAUGACAAUCUGUUCCCUCAUAUCCCUUUUUGGGGAAGAUGUAGUCACAACGUGAUCAUCCAUUUUUUCCAUGCAAAUGCUUGUAAUGGCACUUUAUGUAUAAUCAAUGAUGUGUUGUGACAUCAAUAAAAUGUCUUUCUUUGUAAA